AUAUCAAACCCGCGACUCUCCGACUCCCCUGACUAAAUACACCAACGCAGUCGCACACUCUUCUUUUUUUCACUGAUUUUUGGGAGCAAAACGGGAUACACAUUCUUACUCUUUUUUCAGGGUUUACGAUUCUUGAACUCGUUCUUCGUCUCCACUACUACUGCUAUUCCCUUUUCGCUCCGAUUUUUACACGCCACGUUCAGGUUCCGUGUGUUUCAAGGGAAGCUUCAUUCUUCUUCGCCGUUAGAUCGAUCAAUCACGUUUCCGUCAUUUCAUUCUUGAUAUUCAUUUUUCAUUCUUCCAUUCAAAUUACUUCUUCAUCAGAGCUACUGCAUGAUUCAGUUCAGUGGCUCAGCGUGAUUUUGGUUUUGUCUCCGUUUGCUGAAUGCUUAUUCACUGGAAGAGUACUAUUUCACAAACAGAAGUUUGUUUUUCUAAAGGAGCAAAAAGCUAAUCAAGUUUUCCUUCUCCGGGCAUUGCUAUGAUUUCAUUUUGCGAUUUGCAGGAAAAAGAUUAACCAUUGUGACUUAUAAAGUUCAAAUUGAUAGCAAGGAUUGGUAAAAGGCCAUUUGGAGUAGCAAAACGUCUUGGCAUACGAGCAGCUGUUGUGAUAGUGUAGAAUUGUGCAAAAUUACUUUUGGAACUAUCAUGACUACUGAUCCAAGGGCUACUAAGGGCUAUGAUGCUUCGAAUGACUCAAGGGCUAUUAAGGCCUAUGAUGCUAUGAAGGAUUUAGGAAUCUCUAAGGAAGAUGUGAAACCAGUGCUGAGAAAUUUGCUUAAAGUGUUCGAUAAAAAUUGGGAGCUUAUUGAAGAUGACAACUAUCGGGCUCUUAUAGAUGCGUACUUUGAGUCAAAGGAAGAGUCAAAGGAAGAUAAGCCAGAAGAACACAAGAGAAAAGUUCCACUCAAUUCUCACGAUGGGGAAAGACCAAAACAGAAACUUCACUUGGCAGAUAGGGACAACAGUGUUCCAUCAGCUGCCAACUCAAGAGAAGUGGUGCUUGUAGAAGACAAUGACAUACCUGUCAAGACUCUUAAACAGAAAUGUAUAAAAUCAUUUCAAACUUCAUCAUCACACAAACUUCUAUCACAGAGAAGAUUGAGUGACGAUGAAAGGAUAUCAAGCUUACCUUCCAUGGCUGCUAGAGGUCAAAAAAGUUAUCCUGGGGCAGCUUCAUCUGCAGGGCUUUAUUCAGAGGAAUCUAGCCAUCCUUCUAUUCUGAUGAAAAAUAUGUCAAGUGAUCACCAUCAGAAGAAGAUUACAACAUCAGGAACUGAGAAGCCUAAGUUUCGUGCUGGAGCUUCUUCUACGAGUUACAAUGGCUCACUUGGCGCUUCAAAUGGAAAUCUUUCUGUCAAAUCCCUAUCAAAGGGGUCAAGACAAGCUCUUGUUGAAGAUAAAAAGAAAUUCUUUCGAUAUGUCGAUGACAUAACAAAAGGUUCUGAAAAUGUUAAAGUUUCAUUAUUAGAUGAAACUGAAAGUGAGGAGUUUCCGAAAUUCAAUUAUAUCCCGUCUAAUAUAAUCUAUCAGUGUGCCAAUGUCAAUAUUUCACUAGCUCGGAUUGCGGAUGAGGGUUGCUGUACUAAUUGUUCUGGCGACUGUCUUUCCUUAUCAUUUCCUUGUGCUUGCUCUCAAGAAACUGGUGGAGAGUUUGCUUACUCUUCGAAUGGUUUAUUAAAAGAAAAGUUUCUCGCAGAUUGCAUAAAUGAACCCCAAGCUCAUCAUUAUGUGUAUUGUAAAGAAUGCCCAAUUGAGAGGUCUAAGAACGAGAGUAAACCUGAACCAUGCAGGGGACAUCUGGUUAGGAAGUUUAUAAAGGAGUGCUGGAGGAAAUGUGGAUGUGACAUGCAGUGUGGGAAUCGGGUAGUACAACGAGGUUUAAGCCGGAAAUUGCAGGUGUUCCUGACUGAUCAGGGAAAGGGCUGGGGCGUUAGAAGCUUAGAAGAUUUGCCCAAGGGAAGCUUUGUAUGUGAAUACGCCGGAGAAAUUCUAACUAACACAGAAUUAUAUGAUAGGAUUGUAAUGAGUACCGGCAAUGACAGACAUACAUAUCCUGUAACGCUUGAUGCGGACUGGGGCUCAGAAGUGGGACUAAAGGAUGAGGAAGCAUUAUGCUUGGAUGCAACACAUAAUGGGAAUGUUGCAAGAUUCAUCAAUCACAGAUGUAACGAUGCAAAUCUAAUAGAUAUUCCUGUUGAAGUGGAGACACCUGACCGUCACUAUUAUCAUCUUGCCCUCUUUACAAAAAGAAAUGUGAGUGCAUACGAGGAGUUGACAUGGGAUUAUGGAAUUGACUUUGAUGAUCAUACCCAUCCUAUCAAAGCAUUUAAAUGCUGUUGUGGAAGCCCUCUCUGCCGUGAUAAGAAACAAAAAGGAACUAGAUCAGCAAAGACUAAAAAACUCAAGCAUACGAAUGCACAUUGAUAGAAUAGUUGAGAUUUUACAGUCCGCGUUGGAUUUAGCAGAACAAUUUAGACUUCACAACUUGACGAAUUUGGAUUCAAAUCUCAACUGAAAGAGGUAUCUGCAUUUGAUGUUCGACGAUAUAUUGCAGAAUAUGUUUGAUCAUCAUCAGUAGAGAGAAUCCCUGGACAACAAACUAUUGAAGUUUUUUUUGUUAAAUUUUCCUUUUUGGUUGGAAAAUGCUUGCAAUAGAUUUUCAAGUGAUUUAUUUUUGGUGCUGUCUCGGUACAUAGCAGCCACAUAGCCGGAACUUUUAUGAAUUUUAUGAUAGAUAUUCUUGAAUAGUUCCAGUUUUUGGAGCAACAUCAUUUUGUUGCAAAUAUUGAACAUACAAAAUAAUAAUGGUUAAAAGAACGUAUUUUGUU